AUGGCAAUAUGUAGAUUCAUGGGUCCUCCUGAUCUUUUCAUUACUUUCACAUGCAAUUCUAAUUGGCCAGAAAUCAGCAAGGGCAUAAGUUUGAUACCUGAUCAAAAAGUUGUGGAUCGACCUGAUAUCGUUGCACGUGUUUUUCACAUAAAAUUAGAUCAAUUUAUGAAUGAUUUAACACAUGGACAGCAUUUUGGCAAGGUGAUGGCAGCAUUAUAUACAAUUGAGUUUCAAAAGAGAGGGUUGCCCCAUGCGCAUAUUCUGUUAUUCUUACAUCCAGAUGAUAAGUGCACUACACCAAGAGAUGUUGAUCGAAUCAUUUCAGCCGAACUGCCAGAUAAGAAUACUGAUCCAAUAGCUUAUGAAGCAGUUUUACAAUUUAUGACACACGGACCAUGUGGACCAGCUAAUACAAGGUCACCGUGUAUGGAAAAUGGAAAGUGCAGUAAACAUUAUCCCAAAUAUUUUCAGACCGAAACAAUAAUUGAUGAAAAAGGUUUUCCAGUGUAUAGGAGAAGGGACAAUGGACGAGAAGGUAUUAAAGCUGGUGUGAAAAUUGAUAAUCGAUGGAUCGUUCCUCAUAAUGUUGAUUUGGUUGUCAAAUAUUGGGGACAUGUUUGUGUUGAAUUGUGCAAUCAAAGCAGGUCUAUAAAAUAUUUAUUCAAAUAUGUGAAUAAAGGAUAUGAUAGAGCCACUUUUGUCAUUGAGGAAAAUGAUGCAACUGAUGGACAGAGUGGAACACGAGUUGUUCGUGAACCAGUGCUAUUUGGUGAUAAUGAUCCUUUGGAUGAAGUAUUAAACAGAGCAGAAGAACAUAGUACAAUGUUCAUUGAAUGGAUGAAAACGAAUUCCAUAGAUACAUCUGCUCAACAGUUGACUUAUGCAGAUUUUCCUACACAAUGGACAUGGAAAAAGAAGCUGAGAAAAUGGGUUAAACGGAAGUCUGGUCGAUCAAUAGGUAGAAUUUUUUAUGCUCAUCCUUCAACUGGAGAAAGAUUCUACUUACGCAUGUUAUUGAACAUUGUCAAAGGUCCAAGAUCAUUUGAGGAGAUUAGGACAAUUAACGGAGUCGUGCAUCCAACGUUUAAAGCGGCAUGUCAAGCGUUGGGAUUAUUGGGUGGUGAUGAAGAAUGGCAUAAUGCUAUAAGAGAAGCAGCAAAUUGGCAAACAGGUCAGCAAUUACGUGAAUUAUUUGUGACCAUGUUAUUAUUUUGUGAGGUAUCUAAUCCAUUAGAUUUAUGGGAGAAAAAUUGGGAAUUUCUUUCUGAUGACAUAUCCUAUCGACAACGUCGUAUACUCGGAGAUAAUUUUAUAUCUUUCAGUGAUUCCCAAAUAAAGAAUUAUGCACUUUAUGAAAUUGAAAAAAUUCUCAAUCGAAAUAGUAGAAGUUUGAAAGAAUUUCCUGGAAUCCCAUUUCCUGAUAUGCUAUUGGAUAAUGAUAAUCGAAAUCGGUUUAUUAUUGAGGAAUUGAAUUAUAAUAGGGAAAUUCUUGCACAAGAACACUUUCAACUACGAAGUGGGUUGCAUUGCUUGAACUGUUCCAUUUGA